UUUAGCCUGGUCCAUGUGAAAGGAUUACCCAGAAUUCCACAGCAAUUAAGGCAGAUUGAAGGAUCGUGGAGCUGAGUGACGGUCGUUGGGUGAUAGCCAGAGUGAUUUUACUGAUGGAUUCGAAGAGAGAACCAUUUAAGACAAAGGACAACAACAGAAUAAUGUGUAAAACGGGUGACAAAAAGAAGAAGUCCUUGCUGACGUGUGUGAAGGGCUGUAUAGCACACAAGGCUGCAGGUGUGUUGCUGAAUCCAUCAGAAAAACCAGCUCCUGAGAGCACGAACAGUCAGUGCAAUGUGGGUAUCAGUAAUGGGGUCCCCCCUGGUCCCCCCUCGUUAUCCAUGUGGAGUGAGGAGCUGGCUCGGACUAUGCUAGCGAUGAAUAUACUCGCCGAACAAGAAUAUGCUGCCGAAAUCUUCAAUUACAUGAUGCGGACUCAGUGCUACCACGUCUUCAGAUCUGGGGACAUCCCUAAAUCGGUGACAGCGGAGAUGAGGAAUGUGUUGUUGGAUUGGUUGGUUCAGGUUCAUGAAUAUCUGGCGCUGGAGGAGGAGACUCUCUAUCUCGCUGUGUACCUGAUGAAUUCCUACAUAAGGUCCCAUAAGAUCCAUACUAGCAUGCUGCAGCUCCUGGCGUCUACCUGCCUCUUCAUUGCCUGCAAGGUGGAGGAGAGUCUCAUACCUGAGCCAGCGGAGCUCUGCUUCAUGAUGGAAGAUGCAUUCAGCAAGAAGGAUCUCAUGAGGAUGGAGAGAAAGGUGCUAAACCGACUGAAGUUCGACCUGCGCUACACACAGCCCUUAUACUUCCUGCGUCUCCUCUCCAUUACUGGGAAAUGCCCAGAAAAGACUCUCUACCUCGCCAUGUACUUUAUGGAGCUGACACUGCGGGAGGCGGACGGACUGACGAUUGAGCCAGCUCUCUUGGCGUGUGCCGCCCUUCGUUUGGCGCACAUGGUCCUAGCUCUUGAAUGCAGAUCCCUGAACUCAGAUCUGAAGUGGCCUGGAGUCCUCCACCUUUACUCCUAUAGAGACGCAGAACUUAUCAGCAGCCAGCAGCUCAUGGCCCAAUUUGCCCUCCGAGGCGAAGCCAAAUCCACAUGGCAGAAAUACUCCCGUCCUCAGAAACACGAAGUGAGCACCGAGCCCGCCUUAAACGCCAAAAACCUCAUCCGCUGCAUUAGUUCCCUCUCAGUGAUCCCUGUCUGAGACUCUGCGUGUUCCAACCAUGGACCUCCUCAAGAACUGCAUCGGAUCGCACUCUAGGUCAACUCAAAUACCAACGUAGACCUUUUCUGAAUUCUAAUAUUUUAUAAAUGAAUAUUUAAUAUGCUAAAAUGAAAUGUUAAUGUGUUAUUAAAAUAUACAGAGCCUUAUAAACUAUUUUACUCCCACAUCAGAAAAUAAUA